AUGUCUUCCCAAAAAUCAAUUCUAAAAAAGAAAGAGAGUGUUGAAGUUCAAAAGAACAAUCGAAUAAAAAAAUGGUCGAAAGACCUCAUUCAAGAAGCGAAAAAUCGAUUGGAGUAUGACAAUUUUGUGUUGGAAUGGAUUGAAAAGCUCGUUGAUCCUGUUGAUGAACGUACGUUGGAUGAAGCACGCGAAUUUUUGAGAAAGUCUGAUUACGAUCAGAUUGUGAAAGAACGAAAACUAGCACAUGUAUGUGGCUAUCCAGUUUGUGAGAACGCGCCGCGACAACAGACGCGUUAUCGUCUCGAAAGCCAAGGAAUGGUUCGUUAUGCUGGACUGAAUUAUUACUGCUCGAAAAAAUGCUUUCUGGACAGCUGUAACUUUAUGGUGAACUUGAGUGACGAACCGCUCUGGAUUCGUGAACGAGCCCGGAAAGUCCUGCAGCAUCGCUUCGAUCCGAAUAAAGAAAACAGCUUUCAACUAAAAUUAGAAUCUGAAGACGUUGAAAAUGUUCGCAUGCUUCUUCAAGGACUUCCUGUUGGUUCCAAAGAAGUUAUUGGUGAUAUUGUCGAACAUCCUCCAAGCUCAGUGGUGAACAAUCAGAAGCCAGAUUAA